UGGGAGGGGAAAUGUCUGUGUCUGAGAUUGUGAUCCGACAGAAUGGGGAUGGAACGACGCGGCGUGUACGGAUACGGAGACGCGCUCCUCCUCCAAAGCCUGCUGAGCAGCUUGAUCCCGAUUAUGUUGAUCCCGUCAAAGAGGAGGAAUACGAGCGCCAAGUUCUCGAGUCCGACGGUUUCGAUGUUGACUCAUGUCCUCUUGCUUAUGGUGGAAUCUUUCCUUACACACUGAAAGAUAAGUACAAUUAUCCUUACGACACAGGCCUUCUAAGUAGGUUGGGACUUCACUGUUACAAUCUUCAAAAAGGAACUAACCUCGAAUUGGUUGCUAUAAACAAAUUCAACUCUGAGCUGCAUGGUUCUUCGCUCGAGUACAUAACCUUGGAGGCCAUUGACACUUCCAACAACUUUCCUUACAGUUUUCAGACUUGUGUUGCCAAAGAUAUUGCUCCGGAAGAGGCUUCCUUUGCGUUGCAUACCGAAAUUUCCAGAUUAAAAGUUCCUCCUGCCUGCCCUCGGACUACUCCUGAGAGAAGGUGGAUAGACGAGGCAGUAGAUGAUUUUUACAAGGGUAAAAUGCCCACCUGGUCUACAAUAGAUAACCUGCCUAAAGAACAAGUUUAUGAGUUGCAAGAAUCAGACCUGCAAGAAAAUCAGUGGAUUCAUCUCUAUGCCGAGUUUGCUUUUCACUUCAGGUGGCUUGGAUGUGGGAAUCGAUUGAAGUCAUAUUUACCACUUGAGUUCAAGAAGGUGAUAAUACAAACCAAAGAAAGUGGAGAAGAGUCCCCGCGUAUGAAGCUCAAGGCCAACAACGCCAUCUUUUACAUGAGUUUCAAGGGCAACGGUGAUCCGAGUCGUAAGGAUGUUGAGUACCAAGCCAUCGUUAGGAGAACCAUGGAUGGAAUGCCCGGACACAUUCGUCUAGAACUUGACUGUUUAUCCUAG